AUGCGACUCCUUAAGGAAAUUAUAGAAAAUGAGGCGGUUUUAUAUCUCCCAAAACCAUGUGGUCAUAAGGAGAUUUGCAAUAUUUGGAAACAUGUUUGUAGAAAGAUAAUAUCAUUUGAAGGAUGUAACUACUCAAAUGGAGAAUCACCUGAAGAAAACCAAGAGUCUAACAUCUUCAAAAGGGUUGAUCAGAUAGUUAAGCAAUCAAAAAAUCUCAACCCCAAAUGUAUCAGUAACAACUUAUCAUUAGAAGGUGUCACUCAAGAAGGACUAAACAUUAACUCACUAGAGUAUAAUCCCAUGUUUAAGCCAGUUACAUAUAAGGAAGUACAAGGCAAUGAUCAUGAUAAAGAACAAAUUCAUGAGCAUAAGAGAACAAAUGACCAACUUGUUGAAGAUGCCAAAUAUUAUAAAAAUACAUUUGAUACCAAGAAGCGGAUUUCAUGGACGAGUGUUCUUCACAAAAAGUUUGUUGAGGCAAUCAAUACACUUGGGAAAAAAAAAUCUUAUCCUUCUGCAAUUCUAGAAGCGAUGAAUGUUCCAGGACUCACACGUAGUCAGAUCGCGAGCCACCUACAGAAAUACCAAAAAAAUCAAAAGAGUAUCAAGAAGCCAACCUCGAUACCACAAAAGAAAAAGCAAGUAGAGAGAUAUGCUUACAACAUAUGUGGGCAAUCGACCCCAACUAAUGAUUAUGAAUCCAUCCCUCAAUCCAGUAACAUCCAGCCAUCAUUGACGCUUAAUUCUAUAGGAAUGUCUUACAUGACCAUAAACAACAUCAAGGCUCGACUGCAAAGAGCACCUCCGUUACCUGUACCACAACCAAAAACCACCAUUAAUAACUCUUAUAGUGAUCAAUCAACAAAUCAUAGUUUUUUUCAUACUUCUUUGGGUGAAACAAGCAAGAACAUUACUUUUGGAUUAGUUGAAAGCUGUAACGGUUUUAUUGGUCAAAGAAAUGAAGUUCAAAUGACAAGAGAUAGUUAUGAAAGUACAAUGGGGCCACUAAAGGAUGGUGAAACUAUAGCAAUGACCCCGAUGGAUUUUGGUGAAGUUGUGGCUCCGGUAGUUGCAAGUAGUUCACUGACACCGCUAAAUUAUUCAGGAACUUCAAUAGAGAAAUCGGUCUCUGGAAUGGCACCUUCGUAUUAUGGUUUAGGAACUGGGUUGCAACCAUUAGAGGGUUUUGCACUUAGUGGAGAAAACUAUGAUCUUGAGAUGCGCGAGAUAUCAAAUGUAUUUGGGAUGAUCAAUUCCAUUGGUGGUUACACUUCAGCUUUAUCAAAUCAUAAUUAUCUUAUCCACUCUCAAGAUUUGCAAGGAAACAAUGAUCAUGAUGAUGUGGGGCAUUCCACAAACCCGAACUUUUCUAAUUCAAAUAUAUUUCCAUUUGGAGUUGGAAGUGUUGGUUAUUCUGAUCCUCAUUUUCCCAGUGAAGAAAAUAACAGGCAAGCAGAAACAUUGCCACCUUUCAACUCUCCUGGAUUGGUGGAUGGGAUUGAAUGUACAACCAUGGAAAGUUAUAUGUUUGCGGAUGAAACCCAAUAUCUUCUUGAUAUGACCGUGAAUCUUCUUGAUGAACUUGAUGAUGAUUUAAUAAAUGGACCUUGGUAG